UCUUUAAUUAUGCAGCAUCAUCUACGAUAGAUUAUCAAAGAAUGGAGGAAGGUUUCAAGAAGCUAUGACAAAGCAUUUAAAUGAUUAUGGGGAAGCAGGGUUGCGUACACUUGUGCUUGCCUACAAAAAGCUCGAUGAGGCGGAGUACUUAGCCUGGAAUGAAGAGUUUGCUAAAGCAAAAUCUUACAUUGGCGGUGACAGAGAUGCCAUGCUUGAAAGAGUAUCUGAUAUGAUGGAAAGGGACUUGAUCCUUGUUGGUGCAACUGCUGUGGAGGAUAAACUACAGAAGGGAGUUCCUCAGUGCAUAGAUAAACUGGCGCAAGCUGGUCUCAAAAUCUGGGUACUGACAGGUGAUAAGAUGGAAACAGCCAUCAACAUAGGCUAUGCGUGUAGUUUGCUUCGACAAGGAAUGAAACAGUUAAGCAUAACGACAAUGAAUGCAGGUUCAGUGGCCCAAGAUUCUAAACAGGCUAUGAAGGAGGACAUUUUGAAGCAAAUCACAAAUGCUUCUCAAAUGAUCAAACUUGAAAAGGAUCCACAUGCUGCGUUUGCCUUAAUUAUUGAUGGGAAAACUCUAGCUUAUGCUUUGGAGAAUGAUAUGAAGCAACACUUUUUGAACUUAGCAGUUAAUUGUGCAUCUGUCAUCUGCUGUCGUGUAUCUCCUAAGCAGAAGGCCUUGGUUACUAGAUUAGUAAAAGAGGGAACUGGAAAAAUCACCUUAGCAAUUGGCGAUGGUGCAAAUGAUGUUGGGAUGAUUCAAGAAGCGGACAUCGGCGUUGGUAUCAGUGGUGCAGAAGGAAUGCAGGCUGUGAUGGCGAGUGACUUUGCUAUUGCGCAGUUCCGGUACCUGGAGAGACUUCUUGUUGUACAUGGGCAUUGGUGCUAUAAACGAAUUGCUCAGAUGAUAUGUUAUUUCUUCUACAAAAACAUCUGUUUUGGCCUCACACUUUUUUACUUCGAGGCUUUUGCUGGCUUUUCGGGACAGUCUGUCUAUGAUGAUUCAUAUAUGAUGCUAUUCAACGUCAUUCUUACUUCAUUGCCUGUAAUUGCACUUGGAGUAUUCGAGCAGGAUGUGCCUUCCGACGUUUGUUUAAAGUUUCCAGCACUUUACCAACAAGGGCCGAAAAACUUGUUCUUUGACUGGUAUAGGAUACUCGGAUGGCUUGGCAAUGGUAUCUACACAUCCCUCAUUAUUUUCUUCCUCAACAUUAUCAUCUUUUACGAUCAAGCCUUCCGUUCUGGAGGCCAGACGGCUGACUUGACAGCUUUGGGUACUACGAUUUUUACCUGUGUCAUAUGGGCUGUGAACUGCCAAAUUGCACUUACUAUGAGUCAUUUC